AAACAUCUCGACAAAGCGUGGCUCUCUUCCGAAAAUGUGUUCCCAUCAUGAUCGACUUUCGGACAACUGCAUUGCUGCUCAUUACAUCCAUGAGAUCGUUCUUCAUCUUUUUCUUCAUCUUGACUCUUCAUCUCAAUAUCUCUUGCAAGUACAACCACUCUCCCAACCGGUUUUCUUUUUCCUACUGUCAGAUCUUACAUGUCAUUGCCGGUCGUACCCAUGUCCUCAGGCCAGAGCUAGGCGCCAUUGCUACAGAGUGACUUGAACAACAAACAUGCAUGAUUUGAUCGAUCUGAUAUCCAGAAGCAAGUUAGAUUGGCUCGGAGUAUAGUCGCGACAUUUAGAGACAGAUGUGCGUGGUGGAGUAGAGGUCGAUCUCGGAGAGUUUUGAUUGACUUCCGGAGUUGCUUCCACAGCCAAGCAACGAGAGCAUCAUCAUCGUCGUUGCGGCUGAACUCUGUCCGUCCGCUCCUUUCCUAUCUUUCGAGCCAAAAAGAUGUCGUAUCAGAGUGCGAAGCGGCCUUCAUGCGAUUUUUUUGUCAAUCG